AUACGGAAUGUAAAAAAAUAUGUCUAAAACGACAUGCAAAGCCUUAGUUAAGGACUAUUGUGCAAAUUGCACUUUUGCUGGUGUACAUUUCAUUGCAGAUGACACGAAACACUGGACAGAAAGAAUCUUGUGGUUCGUCUUUGUGGCUCUGUCGUGGUACGGCUCUGCGCUAUUGAUAGUAUCAGCAUGGGAGUCCUUUGUUCAGAGCCCUAUAAGUUUCGGUGUUGAAACUACAUACACUGAUUGGGAUACAAAAUUACCAGCUGUAGCUAUUUGUGAAUCAGCCAACGAUGAUAAAAUAUAUAAUGUAUCUGACACCAUAUGGACGCCAUCCCAUUUAUUAGACCUAGAGGAUACUCUGAAGGAAAUUGCAUAUUUUCGUGGAGUGAGCUACAGUCUUGUUGAAGUCUGUCAUUUAACUAAAAAUCCCGAUCCAAAUUGUCCCGUAUCUAAUUACACGAACUACGUAAGGCUGGUACGAAGCGAUUGCCCGAAAAUCAUAACAAAUUGUUCAUAUAAUAGCAAGCCUUUUGAUUGCUGCAACUUCUUUCAACCUAUUGAUACUGACAUAGGAACAUGUUUUAUUAUAAAUUCUAUUCAAACAAAGAAACCAAAACCAUAUCCUAUGAUCAGUAAUAUGCAAGAAAAAUAUGGAAAACUCAGCUUCGUGAUAACGAUACCCUCUAUGAUGUAUACUUUAGGCGAAGAUGAAGUUCCGACUGUGACCACUUUGCAGUCGUCCACUUUGAAGAUCCAACUCGGAGCUAACUAUAGCCGACAAUUAACAAUACGAAACAUUGAAAACGAUCCUCUGAUUGUGGACACAACACCGGAACAGAGAGCCUGUCGCUUCCACCACGAGAACAAGGACGGAUUGUACCCUAAAUAUUCUUAUAGCGCCUGCACGGUUUUGUGUCGUAAGAAAGGCCAGCUAGACACAUGUGGAUGCAACGACCAUUUUAUGUUGGGCACUAAAGAGUCAGAACGUUGCAAUUUGUCAGGCAUCGCGUGUCUCCACUCGUUCGCAAGUCAGUUAACGACCCUGAAGCCGCACUGGGCGAAUCGACCAGGACUCGCGUGCAGCUGCGUAGCUUCAUGUGACGAGACAGAAAUUACUGUUAUUAAGGAUGUCGUUGUUUCCAAUAAAGGUAAGGCGAAUAGAAAGAGGGCUUUCGUCGAAUUAGUACUAGCAUAUUUACCAACGGAACGUUUCAAACGCAAUGUUGUUAGGAGCCGUCUAGAUUUAGUUGUGUCUAUCGGUGGAACUACAGGUCUAUUCUUGGGUGCAAGUAUACUCAGUUUCGUGGAACUUAUUUUUAAUUUUAGUGUUCGUUUUGCGAAUAACAUUCUGAUGAAAAUAGACCAAAGAAACAACAACGGCAUCACAAGUAAAUACGACACUAUAAAUAAUCAUCAAGAAAAAUCUAAAAAUGCAACACCGAUUUACCCACAAUACUUUUUUUAAGUCUAAAACAUAUAGCGUAGUCUAUUUUUCACAGUAAAGUACUUUAAUGCGCUCACGAAUAUUAAAAGCCUUUCCCCAAAUA